AUGGUAUUAGUAAAUGAUCCGCGCUCAUUGUUGAGUGCUGAGUUUGGAUUUGCUGGUGUGCCACCUACUGUUAUGGUUCAGUGCUUGCACAAGGGAUUUAAUCAUCCAGAAGGGUAUGAAUGUGCACCAAAGAAUGUUAAGAUUGGUUCAUUGCAAAUGUUUAUGAAGAAUAUUGGAUGUUGUGAGGACAUGGGUCCUAGGGAUUUCCCUGUGGAGGAGGUCCACAAGAUUAGUGUGUUUGAUAUAAGAAUGGUGAAUACAGAUAGGCACGCGGGAAAUAUUCUGGUGAGCAAAGAGGAUGAAGAAGGGUGUAUCGUGCUUAUUCCAAUUGAUCAAGGCUAUUGCUUACUGAGAAUUUUAAAGAUUGCAUAUUUGAUUGGCUCUAUUGGCCACAAGCACACCAACCUUACUCCCCAGAUACAGUUGAGUACAUAAGAUCACUGGAUGCUGAACAAGAUAUUGCACUUUUGAAGUUCUAUGGAUGGGACCUUUCAAUUGAGUGUGCACGUACACCCCGUAUCUCCACCAUACUUUUGAAGAAAGGGGUAGAGAGAGGACUCACUCCUUUUGCCAUUGGAAACAUCAUGUGCCAAGAAACCUUGAACAAGGAAUCCCUCAUUGAGGAGAUAGUUCGAGAGGCUCAAGAUUCCUUGAUCCCUGGCAUGAGUGAAGCUACAUUUCUUGAAACUGUAUCCCAAAUCUUGGAUUUCCAGCUCGACAAGCUUGCAAAAUAAUUCUCACUGGAUCUAUAGGUAUAUGUAAUAAUGUAUGUAUAGAUCGAAUGACCAGUCCAUUUGGAUGGACUGAAAAUUUUCACCUAGUAAUACUUUGAUUGUCUUGAGACACUGAACAGAAAUUUAUAUUAUAAAUAAAGAAACUAUACCCUUAUUCAAGUGUUACGUGUUUUUACAUUUUUGGAGUGUCAAAGAAAAACAGAAGAAGAGAGUUUGUCGGAAAACCAACCCAAUUUUUGCAAAUUGAUAUUUUGCUACAGAGUUUGGGGAGAUUAAUGUCUCUUAAUUUUUGUUGGGCG